GAUGACUAAGACACAUGACUACUGAAACCAACCACCUUGUCUGCUUCAUCCUUUUUAUUGACUGAAUGCGCAUUGGCAUUCACUAGCAACCAGCAACUGAACCCAUCCCGAAUUCACAUUGUAGACCUCCCAUCAGGUCGAAAGACUUGAAAAUCACUACGCUGCUCGGGGCCCAAAAAUUCCAAAGGGAAAAGUAGAAGCAGGGCUCAACACAUCAAAUGAAGCAGAGUGUCCAGCGACCACCAAAAGCCAGCGCAACCACCUAGCCACUCGAGCAGCUAAUUAAGCUGCCUUAUGGGUUAAUCACCCAGAUCAGGCAAUUCCGACCACAGCCUGCCUGCAGAAUUGCUUCAUCUCAAUCUGGGCCACCCACAUGCGUGACUAUUUUACACUCGCCACUGCAAUUCCAUUUGGGAGUGUAAAAACAUACACAGACAGGUUGAUCUGAUCUGCCUUUGCGAUCAUGGAUUCCGGCCUGCAAAUUUUCAAACACAUCGACUGCCCUGCCGGCGCCAAAUGCACUUCAGUUAGGUGUCUGUUCCGUCAUGCUGGCGACGCGAGUGUGGGCGUCGAGACAAAUGCCAAUAGUGUCUCAAAGGGUGACGGUGCCAAUGAUGGUGCUUCAGGUGCUGUGGCCCCGGCUGCACCAUCACCCGAGGGUCCUUCAUCUAAGCGUUUAAAGACGGGCAAGGAAGAAUAUGAUCCUACUGCACCUGUUGUGCCUUUUCUAGACGAGGACACGCUCCCGGAUGACGGAGAUAUAUUCCCUGACAGCGCAGAGCCUUUGUCAAAAUCUCCUGUUCUCGCUGCGACUGUUCCCAGUGACCCCGUUCCAGUGUUGAAAAGGAAGCACCUGGAGGCGUCGCCAGGAGAAGACAAUACACAGUCCGUGACUCCAACGACGCAAAGGCAUUCCCACAACAAUCCUUUCAGCUCAUCAUAUUCAACGCCCAAAUCACAGCAGCAAGCCAAUAAUAACCCCUUUAGCACACGAAAACACUCACCAGUUAGCACAACACCGGCUCCCGAGCCCACGGUCGCCCCUUUGCCUAAGCCUGAACCCACACCGGCACCAGCCAGAAAAGCAGAGGGUCUGAACCCAAGGCAUCUCAGGAACCAGCCAGCAACAUUUCAGGUCCGGUGGAAGCUGGUCAAAAUGCUUUACGACCAGUAUACCCGCCUGAACCAAGGCUUGGAGAAGAUUGCCCAGGAUGAUGCCACGAAACGGCUGUUGCUCACCGACCAGGAAAUCAUCUGGAUGGCUUUGGAUGAAGAGGAGAACGCUGCAAAAACUAAUGGGUACUCAAAUCAACUCAAGAGCAGAAUCACGUCCUGCAAAAAGUUCACAGUGGAGAAAUGGAAAGAAGAACGUAUUGAGUUACUGAGGAAGCAAGAAGCUGCUCUUUUCAAGGAUGAGAGUGCCGCAGCUCCAAAAUCCAGCGAACCAGUCGUCAUCGAGACCGGCUUGACUGCGACUCAGGAGGUUCAACUUGUCAAAGCCAGACUCCUGACCCCUAUUGACGACCUGGCCAAGUAUGGCUAUGUUCCUACUGUCCCUGCCGAGGAAGAAAUCGCUAAGGCCAAGCAAGCUCAAAGCGUUUCACAAGGCUGGGAGGUUUGCGACCGGUGUACUAAGCGCUUCCAAGUCUUCCCCGGCCGACGAGAGGAAGACGGAGCUCUUGCCUCGGGCGGCAAAUGUACCCACCAUCCUGGAAAGCUGUACAUGCCCAACAGGCAGUCCGCCGAUCGGUCCAUACCCGAAAGGCAGUACAGGUGCUGCGGCGAGACGGUCGGCCAGUCCGUAGGCUGUACCGUCAAGGAUACGCAUGUGUUCAGGCACUCCGACCCCAAACAGCUCGCCACGCUCUGGAACUUUGCCGAGACGCCGGAGAAUCCCAACGCCCCCAAAGACAGGGGCGUUUGCUUUGAUUGCGAGAUGGGAUACACUGUCAAGGGCUUCGAGAUGAUACGCUUCACGGCGACGUCAUGGCCCAGCGGCGAAGAACUAAUGGACGUGCUGGUCCGACCUUUUGGAGAAGUCCUCGACCUGAACUCGCAGUACUCGGGCGUCUGGCCCGAAGACUUGGCCAACGCACGCCCAUUCGCACUCGCGUCGGACAAGCCGCUACCGCCGCAGAAGGCGGGCGAGCGCAAGCGGCUGCAAAUGGUGUCGUCACCCGAAGUCGCGCGGGAUCUCCUCUUCUCCCUCAUCUCGCGCGACACCCCGUUGAUGGGACAUGGACUGGAGAACGAUCUCAACUGCAUGCGUGUGGUCCACCCAGUCAUCGUGGACACUGUUUUGCUGUACCCCCACAAUAGGGGCCUGCCUAUUCGCAACGGCCUGCGGAUGCUGAUGCAGACAAUACUCAAUACGAGGAUCCAGGUUGAACCGGCCGAGGGCCAGCUGGCGGGCCAUGACAGCGCGGAGGAUGCGAGGGCUGCUGGUGAUCUCGUGAGGUGGAAGACGAGGAAGGAAUGGUUAAAGAUGAAGCGUGAGGGGUGGACGUUGGUAGACGGGCAGUUUGUCUCGCCCGCAAAGACCACGAUGCCCUCGAUUCUAGAAGCCUAGACCACGGGUCAUAUAUGGAGGCUGCCUUGGCCUGUCUACGUAGUCGGUGAAUCUCCUGAGUAAUUCAUGGCUGCCAUAGCUAUAUUCACGUACUAUGAGGCCAUCACAUUAUAGUACAUGGGGCAUGCGGUGCAUAAAAUGCCGCUAUGGCUGGUAAUAUUAUCACGGCUGAAGGGGAGAAGGUACAUGCUUUUCCCGCAACGCAAAGACUAGUAAUACACGGAAAACUCCUUAUGAGAUUUUUUCUUUCUUCAACCAGUCCAUCCAUGUCUAUGC